AUGGGACAAGUGGAGGAAAUAAAAAAAUUGACAUCGUCAAGAUCUUUAAGUGCAAAUGUUAAUGCUAAAUGGUACCUUCAACGUUUACGUACACCAGCUAGAAAUACCGAUUCUCAUUCUAAUCAUCGAACAUAUUUGAGUCGACUAACAAAUGAUUCAUCACAAGAAAUUUUAACAAUUAUUGAUCCAUCAAAAUCAGUCACACGACCAUUAACAAGUAAAAAUCAUGCUCAAUCAGCAAAAACAAAAACAGUCAAUAUUCUACCAUCGAAACAGCCCAUUCCUGAUCACUAUGUCUCUCAAUCAAAAGUUAUUCCAUCACCUCGAAAUGAGCGAUCUACCAAUUCGUUAAAAAUCAUUGAUACAUCAUCAUUGAAAGAUCUCAGUUCACAAAGACUAUUAUCUCUGACUAAUUCUCUACGUUCGAGUCGUGUAUCAUCGGCAAUACCACCAACUCGUAUAACAAGUGCACAGCCUGAUCGUAAAAGUUCAACAGAAACACUUAAUAGUGUCCCACUUAGACCAGUUUUUGAGACUCGACCACCAAGUACACCGAUAGAUGCACGAUGUGAUCGUAGUAAUUCUUCAUCAGCCAAUAUUCUUUCUCGUGAAGCAUGUAAUCUACUUGGACCAAAAUUGUGUUCCGAUUGUACAGAAAUAAAAGUACGCAGUGCUCACGAACGUCAAUCUACACCAUUGACAAAAUCACAUUUAUACGCAUUAGCUAUACAACGAUAUCUCGUAAAUGUCAACGAAAAUGAUGUUGAAAAAUUAAUUAAUGAGAAAAAAGUAAAUAUGAAUCCAUUGCGGAUAUCUGUCCAAGAAAAUGCAAUGAUAUCUGAUGAUGAAUAUUUUAAUCAAUUAGCAUCAUCGUUUAACACACAUACUGUUACACCGUACUAUUUUCGUGAUAUGUCUGAUUUUGCUGAAAAAUAUCGUCAAAAUAAGUAUGACCGAUCACUUUUAUCGGAAUCAAAAGUACCACAAUCGGCAAAUCCUAUAUUUGAUGAACAAAUUGAAAAAUAUGAUAUUGCAAACAAUUAUAAAACGAUGAGGCGUGCAUCAACUGUAAAACCAAAUCUUGUCUCAAUGGCACCCGUUUUUAUAAGUCCAAAAAAGUCACAAAGAGCAUAUCAGGAAAGAUAUUUUAUGAAUUAUUCACCACCAUUAUUAUUGAAUGCAUUACAAAAUACGGCAAGAUUAAAUUCAAAUCCAAAUGUUUUUACAAUCGGCGACGAUAUGCAAACAAUACAACAUAAAUCAUUAAUUGCCACAAGAUAUAUGGUACAAGUAUGA